CUUCCCUUGCAAAAAGGGUUUCUGCGGUUGACGUGACGUCGAACGCGGACGCCGACGCCUCCGAUUCCUCCUCGUGCUCGACGCGAAUCCCUCGGCGGAGGAAGAGGCGGAAGGGCUAAGGGGAAGCAGCAACGCGGCGGCCAUGAAACCCACGAAGAAGAAUAGGAAGAGCAAGAAGAGGCGGAAACCCGCCGGAUCCGAUCUCCCCCAAGGGGCAGACGAGGCGAACGGCGACGACGGCGCCCGAGCACUGGAGUGGUUGAUCGAGGCCUUUUCUUCGUCCGUAUCCCUCGAUCAGAUUGAUUCUGCGUACAGGGAGGCCGGAUGCGACCCUUUCAAGGCGGCUGGCAUCCUCGGCGCCCAGCUUGACGACCCCGGGGAGAAACUACCCGAGGGUAAGCGCGUCGGGGCUGUCCGGAAGCAGAAGAGAGCACCUGCGGCCACGGGGAUAGUUCCGGAUGUGAUCGGAAAGGGUUAUAUUGGGUCCGUGAGGAGGAGCAGAGAUGGCGGUAGUAAUUUGCAAUUUAAGGAUGGCAUGAAGAGGAUGUACAGCGUGGAGGAGGCUGAACAGUUCUUGUGCUCCAUGCUUGGAGAUAUGUCUGAGAUUACCAUGGCUGUUGUCCGGGAUGUCUUAGAUCAAUGCGGAAACAGUGUUGAAAAGGCUUUGGAGGCGUUACUUGACAUAUCAGCUUCCUCAUCGGACCAAUUAAACCAAGGACCAUAUGAAAAUGAUGGUUCAUGCAGGAGAAACUAUUCAUGUAGUCGUCCUGAAGUAAUUAGCAGAAGCCCUUCAGAGAAUUCAAUAAGUUUCUCCCAGUUAACAGAUAUGAUAUCAGACUCAGCAUCGAAUAGUCUGUCAGAAAAAGAGCAUAUCCCCCAAGCGUGCCAUGCAAGUAGUAAGAGGAAUCAUCCAAAGGUUCUUGCUGAUUGUGAGAUACCAAUGCCUUAUAAUUAUCUCCAACAACAGGUGCUGGAGUCAUUGUUUAGAAUUCCCAACUCUCCCACAUGUGAACCUGGUCGUAUGGAUUGGAAAAAGGUAGUAGAGAAGGUGGAGUCUUUUGGUCAGGGGUUGGAGUUCUCUUCUUUAAGUAUCAAAGAUACUCAAGAAAAUGUUACAAUUGGCAAAGAAGAUAUCUAUCAGGUUUGUCGGGAUACUUCAAAGAAGCAUUGGGAGAUGAUGCAGGCAUGCUACCAGAAAGCUGCAGUUGUUUAUUCAAGAGGUCAGCGUGCCCAUGCUUCUUUCCUGUCAGAAAAGGGGAAGUUCUUCCGAGAUUUAGCAUGGGAAGGAGAUGAGCAAGCUAGCCGAGAGAUUUUUGAAGCCAGGAACAAACAUAUUAAAAAUGUUGUCACCAUUGAUUUACAUGGGCAACACGUCAAACAAGCAAUACGGCUUCUAAAGCUUCACUUGCUGUUGUUCACGUAUAUACCCUCUGUUCAGUAUCUUAAAGUUAUCACUGGCUGUGGUGCUGAUGUCGUCGGAAAGGGAAAAAUGAAGCGCUCGGUGCUUGCCCUUUCGAAGAAGGAAGGAAUCGUGUGGACUGAAGAGAAUGUAGGAACUCUUCUCCUCCAUAUCGGCGAACCAAGGCAGUACAGCUUUGUGGAAUGCGAUAGCGACUCCGACUAAUUAGCUCAUGUGACAAACUAUGUGCAGUUCUACUGAUGACAAUUGGUAUUGUAAGGUUGUUGUUUUAUUCAAAAACAUGUUUAACCUGUAUGAGGCACAACUAAGAGGAGCAUGCCUCCUUGACCCGCACUCAAGUUCCAAUUCAACCACAACUUGGCGGUGUAGAUUUUUGGGAAAAAAAAAACUAGGGUUUAGGGUACAUGUAUGAUAUCAAUGACUAAGUGUGUACAUAAAGUUUGUUGAUUGUUGAAUUAUCAUUUACCUUAUUAAUGCUUCA